AUGAGCGCCGAAUUGGUCUGGGCUUUGGUUAAGAACAACAACUCCUUCCUCGUCAAGCGUUCCAACGUUCAGUUCUCCGCUGAGCCUGGUAACUUGACUAACUUGAACACCUUCAAGUACUCUGGCAUUGCCAACGGCAAGACCGUUGACAUCCGUGGUGCUGGUCGUGGUGUCCAAGUGACCACCAAGAUUGUCAAGAAGGCCAACACUCCCGUCAAGGCCCUCAACAAGACCGUUGUCACCAAGUCGCGUCGUGGUACUGCCAAGUCGGUUGCCAACUUGAUUGCCAAGUCUGGCUACCGCGCUGACUUGCGCCAGGCUGCCCUUGCCCGUGCCUCCGCCGUCUACUCGUCGCAGGUUCCCAAGAAGGUCAAGGCUGCCCGCGCCGGUAAGGGUGUCCGUGCCCAGAAGGCCGCUGCCAAGCAGGCUUAA